AUGGCUUCCACUUUACCACUCGACCACUCUUCUUUUGCACAUUUUUUGCGCUUUGUUGCAACCACAGUGGGCCGUGACAAGAUCUUACGUACUCUGCAAUACUUCUCGCGCUUUUACUGUUGGUACCUUGACCGUGCCAAUCAACCGCACUAUGCCAUCCGUCCCUUCGAAGUGAUAAUAAAGCAGUUUGAAAUAACUCGCAAGAUCCUGCGAGUCGGAAGUUUCGUUGAGAAGUUCAACGCUGCCUCCACCGUGCUGAGGAAAAAGAGUCCUGUGGAUCCUGUGCUUCGCUACCUUACUGUCAUCGGUCAUCUUGGCUAUGGCAUCUAUCUUGCCCUCGACACCAUGACUGUCAUGGACGCUAUUGGGGUGCGAAAGAUGGCCGCUGCGAAGAGAAUGCAGAAGCUUGCCUACCGUGCAUGGAUGGCUGGGCUAACCUGCAAUGCCCUGGCUAGUAUCUACUCGCUGUGGAAACUGCAGCAGAAGGGGAAGACUGCCAACCGUAAAGAGGGCAAGGGAGCCAUCGAGGUGAGGAAGAUUCACAGGGAACGCUUUAACACAUGUGCUCAACUAAUGGCGACCCUAUGCGAUUUAACCAUACCCAUUGCCAAGCUCGAAUUCGCCAACAUCAACGACGGAGUUGUUGGUAUGACAGGUACAAUAAGCAGCUUGAUUGGUAUAUGGUUUCAGUGGCGAAAAACCGCAGUCCUGGAGCCGCAAAGAUAA